GAGGUCUACUGUGCAACAUCACAUACAGUAGACACUUCAUAUACUAAGGAAGAAAGAAAACACAUCAGAAUGAAUUCAUCUGUAUCUAAAGAGUAUACGAACGGCUUUGUCCACAUUGAAGAUUCAUAUGAUUCAGAUGGGACGUUGUUCCUUACCGAGUCUUUUAAAGUGAUUGUGGAGGAGAUACUUCACAAGGGAACUGACAUAAAAGAGAAGGUGUGUGAGUGGAAAGAUCCAGAUCAGCUGAGAUCUCUACUGGAUCUGGAGCUUAGGGAUCAUGGAGAAUCUCACGAACAGUUACUGAAAAGGGUGAAGGAUGUGGCGAAAUACAGCGUUAAAACUUGUCAUCCUCGGUUCUUCAAUCAGCUGUUUGCUGGUAUAGACUACCAUGCAUUGACGGGACGAUUCCUCACUGAGACACUCAACACCAGCCAAUAUACCUAUGAAGUGGCUCCAGUGUUUGUCCUGAUGGAGGAGGAGGUGCUUAGGAAGCUUCGAUCUCUGGUUGGAUGGUCAGAAGGAGAUGGAAUAUUUUGUCCAGGUGGAUCUAUAUCCAACAUGUACGCCAUGAAUACCGCACGAUACUGGGCCUUCCCCAAUGUGAAGACACAAGGAUUGUGGGCCAUACCGCGCCUGGCCAUAUUUACAUCACAGCAGAGUCAUUACUCCAUGAUGAAAGCAGCUGCUUUUCUUGGUAUUGGGACGGAGAAUGUUUUUGUCGUGAAGGCGGAUGAGAGGGGCAGCAUGAUACCAGAGGAUCUGGAGGCAAAAAUCGUGCUGGCAAAAUCCCAAGAUGCUGUGCCAUUUUUUGUCAAUGCCACAGCAGGCACAACAGUGCAGGGCGCCUUUGAUCCUCUGAACCAAAUCGCUAACAUAAGCGAAAGAAACGGCAUCUGGAUGCAUGUUGACGCUGCAUGGGGUGGAAGCGUGCUGUUCUCCAAAAAACACAGACAUCUGGUCUCUGGAAUAGAAAGAGCCAACUCUGUGACCUGGAACCCCCACAAAAUGCUUCUCGCUGGCCUGCAGUGCUCUGUGGUUUUGUUUAGAGACACCACGGAUCUGCUGAUGCACUGUCACAGUUCAAAAGCAACCUACUUGUUCCAACAAGACAAGUUUUACGAUACAAGCCUAGACACGGGAGACAAAUCUAUCCAGUGUGGCCGUAAGGUGGAUUGUUUGAAGCUUUGGUUGAUGUGGAAGGCAAUUGGAUCGCAUGGAUUUGCAGAGCGUGUAGACAAGGCAUUUUCCCUUGCAAGGUAUUUAGUGGCAGAAAUGAAGAAGAGGGAACAUUUUCAGCUGGUGUCUGAGAGGCAGUUUGUGAACGUCUGUUUCUGGUAUAUACCUCCCAGUCUGAGAGGGAAAGAGAACAGCAUAGAUUAUCAGGAAAAACUAUCAAAGGUGGCACCAAUCAUCAAAGAAAGAAUGGUGAAAUGUGGAACAACGAUGGUGGGCUACCAGCCUAUGGAUGGAUACGUCAACUUCUUCCGGAUGGUUGUUGUUUCUCCUCAGCUCACCACUAAAGACAUGGAUUUCCUUCUUAAUGAGAUAGAGAGACUAGGCAAAGACCUGUAAUUAGUUAAAAAUAUGUAUAUUGCCUUGUAGUAGCUAUUUUUACAUCCACUUUUGAAUUGAGCAAUUGUCUUAAAAUGUAAAAAUCCUAAUUAUAAUGAGAUUAGAUAUAUGUAGAGGAAGUAUAUAAAAUAAUCACUGAUAGAUGUCCCUUAACUGAUGCACCACACACUCUGCUAUAUUUUUAUAGGGGACAUAUCAUGAAAAUUUGACUUUUUCCAUGUUUAAGUGCUAUAAUUGGGUCCACAACCUAUCAACCUAAAAAAUUGUUAAAGAACAACCCAGUUAGUUUUAGUUUUGGUAAACCAUUCUCUACAAACAUAGGUCAUUGAAAAUAGGUCAUUGAAAUUUGGCUCCUCUUGUGAUGUCAGAAUGUGAUAAUCCCGCUCUUAAUCUGCACUAUCCAACCACUGCCAAUAAGGGCAGAGAUCAGCUCAUUUGCAUUUAAAAGGACACCCAAAACGAACACAUUUUUGCUAAAACCUACAAAGUGGCAAUUUUACCAUGCUAUAGUAAAUUAUCUAUAUGAUAUUUUGAGCUAGAACAUACAUACAUACAUACAUACACAAACGAGUCUUGUGAAAUGUCCCCUUUACAUAUAGGACAUGCUUUUAAAGUCAAUGGAUCUAAUAGAUUCUUGUUCAUAUAAAAAUGAAAAAAAUCAUUGUUUAAGUUGCUGUAAGUGAUUUAAACCAUGUUAAUUAGACUCCUUCUUUCCAAUGUCUCUUCAAGCACACACCCUCUUUUUGAAUCCUCUCACAAAAACUGUGACUUUAAGGGAUAAUUCACCCAAAAUUGAAACUUUCGUUAUUUACUCACCUUCAUGUUGUUCUGUAGCCUUCCUGUAUGAGUUUCUUUAUUUUUUGAACACAAAAGAAGACAUUUUGAUAAAUGAUGGUGCACGGUUAAUGGUAUCCAUUGACAUCCAUAGUAUUUGUUUUUCCUAAAAGUCAAUGGGUGCUGUCAACUGUGUGGUGGUUGCCAUCAUUUAUCAAAAUGUCUUCUUUUGUGUUCAACAGAAUAAACUCAUACAAGUUUUGAAUAACUCAAGAGUGAGUAAAUUAUGACAGAAUUGUUAUUUUUGGGUAAACUGUCUCUUUCACAAGUCUGUCAUUUAGACUGUGAUAUUUUAGGACACCAUUUCUGGUGAUAUAGACAUUUUAUACAUGGUAUUAAAUUAAUAAUAUUUAACAACACAUAAAACUGUUAUGUUUAAAAAUGCAAUAUCUUUUUCAAAAUUUGUAUAUCAUUUGUCUUUGUUUGUUUAAUUUUUUGAUACAAUUGACAUUCCUGUUAUUUUAUUGUAAUGUUUUGUCCAAUGUACUAUUUUUAUUUUGUGUUGGUGUCCAAGGAUACUUUAUAAAUUAGUUGAUGUUAUACAAAGGUGCUACCAGUGCAACUUGUUCCACAAGUAUGCUUUAUUUUUCCAUAAAUGCACACCGUGUGACCCGGUCAAAUGUCUUAAAAUAACCACCAUAGCAGUGUUUGUGGUAACCAUGGUAUAAGCACAAUAAUUGACUCUGAUCCUUUGAAUAAUUAGAAAAUUCCCACCUUCGGGUGUGCAUUAUUUACGAAUAAUCCAAUGGCAUAUUGUCAAUUAUUUCUUACAUAUAUAAACAUUGUGACCCUGUCCGUGAAAUCCAGACUAAAGUCUCAUAAUCUAAUUUGAUUUCACUCAUAGUUUUUAAUUUCAAUGACAUCAGUAAAUAUUAAAGAUAUUAAGAUUAUAUUUUCACAAAAUGUUCUUUAUAUAAUGUAACAUGAUUUUAUGUAGAAAAUUAAAUCCCAAAAAAUUACAUUAUCUGUUAUACACUACAUUAUCUGUUAUACACAAACUGCGUCAGAUUGUUCACAGCCUUUUUUUUAAC